AUGGACUUUUCGUCGAUAAUGGAAUAUUGGAGAGAACGAAACAUUUCUUGCGGUGUACGAAGGUUACCGGGCGACAGUGCUUGGUAUACCUUUUCCUUUACUGGCAGUCGAAGAAGCGAAUGUAAAGUGCUACCACCAAAAUUGCAAGCAGCAACCCCUGUAGGAGCUGCCCGAAUGACAACGGAGGCUAUGCCAAGGUCGCUAGCAAUGCGCUCAACUUUGGCACACAUGGACAUGAUGACAGUGAGGCUCGUUGUCGGAUACACCCUUGAAGUGGUCGACAAAGGUGUCCCAAAGCAACCUUUGCUUGACCUCGACCUGCUUGUACGAAGUAACAGACCCAAUGUUGCGCGUACCUACUGGAUAAUCCACUUUUUGUAUCGUUCACCAGUCGGCCUGAAGCUGGGAGGGAGAGGAGGUCUUGGAGCGCCCCUCUCCCAGAAAGACUCGCUCAACCAAGGCCAUGGCCCAUCGCAGCUGACUGCCGAGCUUGAGGCUGCUCAAGACUCAAACUCUUCCUCCCAUGGCGCCUACCCCUCCAACCAGCAGGGCGACUUCGGCCAUGUCGGCUCCCUUGUCGUAGGCAGCAGCGGAAGCGGCAGCGACGAUGACUACCUGGCCUGGUUUCGGCAGCGCAAGACGAGCAUCAGCUUCAAUGACGAGUCGCAGUCGCGCCACCCUGGAAACGGAAGCUACUCUGACGAGCACGACUAUCUCGAACUGCCUUAUGCCGCACGCAGAGGCAUGCAGUACCGCAUCUGCGGCUCUCGAUUCCCCCACUCCCAGGCCCCCAUUGACGGUCUGGCACGAAACAACGAGUAUCCCGACCAGGUUGCUGCGCUGACGUCUGAUGCUACGGCAUUAUUGGGUCUGGACGGGACAUAUCGCAAACGUCAUCCAGGACUUGGUUCCUCGUAUCAGACGGCGCUGGCUCCCCAUUUGGCUCACGGUGUCGUGGCGUUCGUAACGUCUUCGUGGAUUGAGGCUAUGCAAGGGUGA